UAAUUUCAUUUAUUUCAACAGAUUUUUAAAACUAAUUCUCUAAUUUUGUUCCUAUGACUUAGUGGUAUCCGUUUGUAUUAUCUUAAUUUAAAAAUUGAAAAGUUUUUGUAACAAUGUCGGAAUUUUAUGAUCAUUACCGAAAUUAUUACCAUCGUUGGGAACCGCUCGCCGAAUUUAAUUUCGAUCUCGAGAAUAUAAGGUUUGAAAAUAGGAAAUAUAUUUACUGCCUCUGCAGCAGAGUAUACCUAAGAGAUGAAGUAUAUUACGUUGAUAGAGAAGAAAUCAGUGGAAGUGAAGUUGAUGGCUUGCGUGAUUCUUACUCCCAGGAUAUAGAGGAUCAAUCGCAUGUUCAUUUUUCUCUGGAUACAUCUUGUAAGGUUAAAAGUGAGAAUGAAAGUGCAAGUUGUUACUGCAGUGCAUCUCAUACUGAAAAUUAUUGUUCAACUGAUGAACAUGAUCCUCAACUACAUUUCACACCAUCAAAUGCAAUACAACCAAGUGACAGUGGGGCAGAUCUCACAUAUCAAGAUUACCACUCUGACAUCACUAACCAUGAUAAAAUAGAUACAAUGGAUCAAGAUUUUGAUAUGCAAGAUGAAUCUAAUGAAAACUACUUAUCUGAAGACACAUGGGAUAAAUUCUGGGCUACCAAUAGAGAGAGAAUUAUAUGGGCUUCAUGGAUAAAGAAAUACAGUGACUAUAUUAACCCAUCAUACUUAGAUGAAAAUAAUGAUUUGGUCUUAGAUGAGAAUAAUAUACCAAAACCGCAAUCAUCUGAACCAGUUUGUAUGGAACAAACUGAGACACAGACGGACAAAGAUGAUUGUGUUAGAGAGAGAAAAUUCUCUUAUGAUUCAAAAGUAAAUCCAUACAAGAAAUGUAAAACUGGUGAUGGAUUAGAUAAAGUUGAUAAAUCAAGUGAAUCAACUAUCAGUAAAGAGGAAGCUUGGUUACCUUUAAGUAGGAGAAGGUCCUGCUCUGAACAUGAAAGGAUUGUCAGUCCUAGAACAUUUGUUGGCACAGAUUCAAUGACAAAUGUUACAAAAAUGACACUAUCAAGUCAUGAUGUCACAUCAAGCCAUAUAACAUCGGAAUCAACAUCAACAGAUGAAUAUAGUGUGUCAUCAUCCCCAUCUGAUGAUCAAUCUAAUGAUCAAACUCGGAUUGCUAAUCUAAAUGUUGACGAUAACCCAGACCAAUCUGAAGAAAUGGAUACUGAGCAAUAUUGGGAGUUUCUGUGGAAGAAACAUUUUGGUGAACAAUAUGCUUUGCAUUACGCUAAUUAUAUUGCAUGUCAUGAAGCCAAAGAUGUUGUAGAUAUGGCAAUCAAUAGUGUCGAAGUUGAACCAGAAAAUAUUGAAAUGGAUAGAAGUGAUAAUAAUUCACAGGAAAUGGCAUCAGUUAUUGAAGUGCAACAGAAAGUUGAUCAAAUCAAUCUAGAAGAUGAAAGAGUGAAACCAAAGCAGAAUAACAAAGAGAGCAGGAAAUUUGUUGGGUCUAUUGGAAUUUUGAUACAGAGUUUGCUACAGGGGGAUAGAGAUUCAGAUUUGGAUGAAGUAUUUGAUGCAAAUGAAGGAUAUGGUAAUACAAAUUCUCAGGUUGUUGGUGAAAAUUCAACAACAACAAAUACUAAUUCAGCUAUUGAGUUACAUUUACAUCCGACUAACAAUAAUGUACAGCAAGUUAGUAAUGACAAUGGAGAUAAUGAUCCACCUGAAGAAAAGCCAGUGGUAUUAAAAUCAAGUCAUGAAAUUGAAGAAGAAGAAAAGGCAGCAACUGAAAAAAUAAAAUCCACAUUUGAAAUAAUGGGUUUCGCAAUUGAUGCAGGAAGCAUACCAAAAGGAAAUUUAGUUUACAAGAAACGUUUGGGGAGACUUCGUCCUCCGCGCUACAAGAAAUUUGUAACGCCAAAGAAAACUUACUUUGAUGACGAUGGGAAUCCUUAUAGGGAACAUGAUUCACAAGAGGACAAAGAAAUACUGACUGACGAGGAUUAUGCAGACAUGCAAUCAGAUAAUGAUAAAUUAUCUACCGAUAAUGUUGUAACUGAACUCAGUGAUAAUAAUGAUGAUGAAGAGAAAGAUGGUGAAGAGAAUCAAGUGAACUUAUUAGAUGAAGCAGCUUCUGUGCCGUUACCUAUGAAGGUAGAUAACUCAAUCAGUGAUGUGCAAGAUGGUGAUAAAUGUCCUGAUGAUGAGGCCUGUUGUUCAGAUCAAACAAAACGUCGUAAGAGACAAAAACGUCACGCGAAAUGUAACACAAGGGAAGUAUUGUCGGACAUGCCACCAGAACUACAAGGUGAUCGAAAGAUGGUGAAAUAUUGGAAGAAACGACAUUCUUUGUUCCACAGAUUUGAUGAAGGUAUAAUACUGGAUCGUGAGAGCUGGUUCAGCGUGACACCGGAGAAUGUAGCCGCUCACAUUGCAGACAAGUUCGCCUUCGACACAGUGGUGGAUGCCUUCUGCGGAGCCGGUGGUAACACAAUACAGUUUGCCAAGACUUGCAAGAAAGUAAUAGCAAUAGACAUAGACCCGUCUAAGAUAGAGAUGGCUCGACAUAACGCCUUAGUGUACGGAGUGGAGAACAAUAUUGAGUUCAUAGUGGGAGACUUCUUCCAGUUGGCCUCAAAACUCGAGGCUGACAUGGUAUUUUUGAGCCCGCCCUGGGGUGGACCUAAUUAUUCACAGAAUCAAAAAUAUGAUAUAGAAAAAAUGUUGGAACCAAAACCGGCUUCUGAGUUGUUGCAGUUUGCAAGGAAAAUAACAUCCAACAUUGCUUUAUAUCUACCGAGGAACACCAAAUCAGAUCAGAUAUUAUCUUUGGCGCGAUCGAUUGGCGGUUCUGUGGAAAUAGAACAAAGUUAUCUUGAUAGAAGAUUUGUUGCCAUUACGGCAUAUUUUUAUUAAUAAAUAUUUAUAUUACUGAAAUA